GAGUCAAUUCCACACCGCCGGUUCCACGAUGGCUCCCCGCUUCGACUUCUUCCGGAAGAUUCCCGAAGACCUCCAGACGUCGUCGGGCACGAGCGCCUUCUUCACGAUCACGACCGUCGUCGUCAUGUUGUACCUCAUCGUCGCCGAGUAUGCGGCUUACCUCGCGUCGUCGUCACGCACCGUUUCGCGGGUGGUCAUGGAUUCGCACCAGGAAGAUCUCUUGCGCAUCAACUUCAACAUCUCACUGACGUCGAUCCCGUGUCAUCACGUCUCCGUGGACGUGUCGGACCACAUGGGACAGCGCUUCGCCAACAUCACGCGUCACAUCCGCCGCUUCGAACUUACUGACGAAGGCGGCAGCACUGUGCGCGGCGAAGAAGUUCUCAUGGCCGACCCUAACUCCGUUCAGCGCUGGGGCGCUGUGACUCACGAGCUCCAUGACGGCGAGACCAUCACGCCGAGCCUCAACGACGCCACGUUCGACGAAUUCAUGGCCAAGUACGAACUCGUGCUCGUCAACUACUACGCCCCAUGGUGCCCGUUCUCGCAGGCGCUGCUGCCGAUUUGGGAACAAACAGCGCUUCAACUGCAGGACCACCCCGAAUACAGCGAGCGCGUUACGAUGGCGCGUGUCGACUGCACCCAAGACAACGCCGUUAGCCUCUGCCGCCGCGCUCGUAUCCACGCCUUUCCGUCCAUGAUGAUAUACAUGUACGGCCACACGUUCACGCGGUACAUUUACAACGGCCCUCGGAAUGCCGAAUCGCUGCUUCUGUUUUUGGACCUCUUUUACCGCCGCUUGAACCCGGAUGGCGACUUUGCUGAAGAGGUGAUCCCUGAGUUUGGUGACCUCCUGCGCUUGGCGGCACCGCAAAACGAGGACCAUGACCAUGACCACGAAGGCUGCGAGCUUUCGGGCUCGAUUGCAGUCCAGCGAGUGCCCGGCAAGCUCGUCUUCUACCCGUACUCUGGUGACCAGUCGUUUGAUAUGCGCGACAUCAACGUCACACACACGAUCAACCAUUUCUCGUUUGGGCAGUGGAAGUCGACGGAGCAGCGCAUGAACAACCCGCGCGCUGUGCUCUCGACGCAUUACCCGAUGGACGCGAAGCACUACCGCGCGCUUGACAGCAACAUUACCAUCGAGCACUACAUCAAGAUUGUUGGCGUCGACCAUAUGGACACAAUCUCGUUCUUGCACCAGAUUCCAGAGCGCAUGUACGAGUUCUCUGCCAGCAGCAACCAGUACAACGCGACCAACCAAGUGCCUGCGGCUCUCUUCACGUACGACUCAUCGCCGCUCGUGAUUGAGCUCUACACUCAAAGCAUGCCAUUCUUCCGCUUCCUCACGUCCCUCUGCGCGAUUGUUGGCGGCGUCUACACAGUCCUCGGCCUCGUCGACGCGGGUGUCUUCCACGCCGUCACGUCCGUCCAGCGUAAGGCCAAGCUCGGCAAGCUCAUCUAAGCGUAGCGCGUCACAACUAUAUAAGCAAUAGACUUAGCGUGCG